CGCAGCUUUAUAGAGUUGGGGGCCAUUCCCCCUACUAAUUUUUUGCUGUAAGUGGCGGUUGUGGUGGAAGUGGUGCUAAUUUGAUUUGGUGGAGACUACAAUUGGUCGCCGGAGCUUGAAGAGAACAGACUGUGGUGGUGCCAAUGAAGGGCUUAGUAUCCUCUUGUGGAAUGUACUGCUCCAGGUUAUUAGGUUGCAUCCCAGAAUCUACUGAGGCCAUUGAUCAAGGAUCUGAUAUAUCUUCUUGGUUUGAUAUAUCUUCUUUUUUUAUGUGUGUGAUGAAUACCUAAGGCAAACAUUUCAAGAUUGAACUCCUUACCAUGUGAUUGAACAAGAUACUAUUUGAACCUAUGUGGUAAGAAUGAGAAGAAGAUAUCGAUCAAACCCAUCACAUGUUCUACCUGAGGGAGCAGUUACCCUCAACGAGAGCCUCACGUAUGAAGAAGAACCUGUACAAAUCCUGGCACGUGAAGUAAAGGAACAAGACAGUCCCCUUUGUCAAGGUGCUUUGGCGAAACCACACAGUGGAAGAAGCAACCUAGGAGACCGAGGAAUCCAUGAGAGCUCAGUAUCCUCAACUCUUCAGUGACCCAACGACCAACGACCAGCGCGGCACCAAGCGUCUUCAUCUUCAAUUCAAUCUCUUCUAAUUUAAUUAUAAAAGGAAACUAAGGCCACAAGAAAAAUUAUCUUCUUCAACCCCAAAUCCAGAGGGAGAUCAGAGAGAUAAACGGAGGAGAUCGGGAAGAGAGCAGGGAGCCGGCCUAGGGUUCGACCCUAGGCCUGGUAGUCCGAUGGCAUGGAUCAGCGGCUAGAUUUGUGCGUGGUCCAACAAAGCAGAAAACUCAAACCCAGGGGAGCUUAGUUUUUUUC